AUGGACCUCCCUCCGCUUUCUCUGGAUCAGCUCUCCGCAGUUAUCACAGCUGGUCCCACGCCCACUGAUCUUUAUACCUCAUUAUCGGCCUAUGAAGAACAAGCGUGCCUCCUCUCGGCUACAGACCCCAGCGAAAAGGACCUACUGCUCGAAUUUUACACUGCGUUCUUCUUUUCCCACCUUCUCACGGAUCAGAUUUGCGAAGCCCGUGCUUUAACACGGCGAAUACCACGAGAAAUAUCACGACUGGAUGCCAUGCAAACCUGUUCGCUUCUCUUGCGAGCUGUUUGGCAAAGCAAGCACACUGAAAUUUACAAAAUUCUCCGAGAAUUACCCUGGCCUGGGCGGUCGCAACCCUUAGUACAACGUUAUGAGAGCUAUUUCCAAGAAAAGACGCUGGUAGAAAUGAGCAAUUCUUACGAGACGAUACGGAUCGCUGCCGCCGCAACAUAUCUCGGGCUCGACCCAGCUGCCGUUGAGGGUGACAUAAUAGAGAAGUUCACAGCCUGUGGAUGGAAGUGGGAUAGUGAGAAACAGCUACUACAUCCAAAACCCGUCGUCACCGCCCCUCCGAAAGACGAUAGCUUGCAGAAUGAACUGAGCCGUGUAAUGGCUUUAAUCAGCAAUCAAGGCAGCUGA